AUGAGUUUUAAGCAACGAAAAGCUAAGUUGAUAAUAUUGAAAGCUGAAGUGCGAGAAUUACUCUUUAAAUUACGAAAGGCAUUUAAAAAAAAAUGUGACGAACUGAUGAAUUCUGACCUUAGAAUACAAAGUGAGGAGAGGAAAACAAGAAGCUCAAGAGAGCUUAAGAAGUACUUGACAAAAGAAGGAAAAAAAUUCAGUCGUGAACUAUGGUUCACGAGUGGAAUUGCUGAAAAAAAACCAAAAAAAUACGCCGAGGCUAUAGAUCGCGAUAAUCGUCAGGGUCAGCGUCGUAGCCUCCAGAAGCGUUCCAUUCCGCCAAAAUUUCCUCCUUUUCGUCCGAGUCAAACUCGCUUCUUUGUCAAGGGCUUAGCUGGAAGGAGGGUACAGCCAGCUAUCCAGUGGUCGAUUGCACCGCAACGGCGUGUUGCAAUUGCUCGAGUUGUUAAGCGCGGUCGACUGCUGAAAGGUUUAUUAGGUCGUCGAGAAGAGGGCCCGUUAACGUGCGAAGGCGGUUUUAAAGGGCCGAUAGAGCCGGAGGUCGAAAGAAUCCGUAAAACGGGCCGGAAGGAUCGGAAGAGCCGGAAGAGCGUCUAA